UCAAAGUGAGCAUCCACUCGGUAGAAAGAAACAGCAUUCGGGGACACCCCUCCAAUCAUCACCUCCACCCCAACCUCUUUCACACACACAUGACAGAUGAUAAUUGGAAGAAAAGAAAAAAAAAGAAAAAAAUUGGUCAAUAAGAGAGAAAGGGGAUCAAAGGGAACGGGAGGUAAAGGGGAUUUGAAACAUUUUUGAGAAAGAAAAAGGCAACGAAGUCCACGGCCUCAUCCUUGAACUCUUCUUCGUCUUUCUCACUCACCACUACUCCAAAGUCUCUUCCUUUUCUUCAAUUUUCUCUCUCUUUCUUGUCACUUUCAUUCUUUAGAUUCUUUAGACCCAAACAUUGUCCAAUUCUCUCUCUCUUUACAUCUUUUACUAUUUUUAAAGGCCUUUGAUUUCUCUCUUCACAUCUCCAAAUCCAAUUUCACACUGUCUCUAACAAGCUUCCAAGCUUAGAUUGAGAAAUCCCUACUGGCUUUUUCCUUCAACCCCUGGAUUUUCUUGGAAAAUCAAGAAAGCUCGGAAUUUCACAGUCUCUGACAAGCUCUGUCAAUCCCUUCUGUGACUGUCUUGUAACUUUCAUUCUCUAGACCCAAACAUUGUUUCCAAAUCCAAUUUCAACUGGGUUUUGCCUGAAACCCCGGAAUUUUCUCGGAAAAUCUCAAGCUCAAAAUUUCAGUCACAAGCUGUGUCAAUCCCAUCUCUGACUUUCUUGUGACUUUCAUUCUUUAGACCCAGAUCUCUGUCUCAUUGAAUCUCCAAAUCCAAUUUCACACUCUCUAACAAGCUUAGAUUGAAAUUUCCCUACUGGGUUUUCCCUGAACCCCAGAAAUUUUUUCGGAAAUCAAGAAAGAAAAUCUCAGCUCGAGAUGGGAGACUCAUUGGGGUUAAACAAGACAUUGAAUGACUCAGGUGGAAUUGAGCUCACAGGGAAAAUCUUCAUGGUGGUAGGUAUAGUAUUCCUCUUCUUCGUCGUAGUCUUCUCUCUCUUUCUCCACCUCUACGCCAAAUGGUUUUGGUACAACCGCGAAGAAGAACCCACCACCACCACCACCUCCGCCUCCACCACACGGCGGCGCCGCCGCUUCAACUUCGCCCCCGGCCACCUCGAAUUGUCCAAUCCCACCACCGCCCUCCGCCGCGGUCUCGAUCCAGAGGUUCUCAAAACCAUUCCCGUAGUGAUCGUCGAUUCCAAAGACUUCAAAGAUGGAUUGGAAUGUGCUGUUUGUCUCUCCGACCUUGUCUCCGGCGAGAAAGCUCGGUUGUUACCGAAAUGCAAUCAUGGGUUUCAUGUAGAUUGCAUUGAUAUGUGGUUUCAAUCUCAUUCGACUUGUCCAUUGUGUCGAAACCCAGUUUCGAACUCGACCCAAUUGUCCCCUGAAUUAACCCUAGAGACUAUUCUCAAUUCGCCGAGAACAGAGAGCUCUGCUUUUGGGGUUUAUUCAGCUGAAACCCCCAAUUUCCCAACAAAUGUGUUGUUUUGGGGGAAUCAGAGUCAGGUUAACACUUUGGGGUCUUGUUUGGAAGAAGAUCAUCCAUGUCCUGCUUCUUCUCAAUCCCAUUCUUCUUCGUCCUCUUCGUCAUCGUCUUCAUCGACUGGUAAUAAACCGGAUGGGAUGUUGGUGAUUGACAUACCUAUGCAGACUGGCGAAGAUGAAGAAGUGAAAUCUCCGGUGACAACGCGAUUGAGGUCAUUGAAGAGGCUUUUGAGCAGGGAUAGAAGGGUGAAUCCUUUUAGUACCAGUGUUGAUGCAGAGCAAGUGCACAGAGGACAAUGCUAGGAGCAAUGAAUCAAUGGAUUUUGAUGUGAAAUUUCACUAUAGAAGCUUGGCAUCUUGUUGAUUGGAUUGGAGGUUUGAUGUGGAGAAGAAUUGGACAUCCACAUUUUCAUCUCCAAUGUUGUUUGGUUGUUAAGAAAGAUGGUUUAGAGUCAGUUCUUACUUUAUUUAUGCAUUUGUAUAAGUCAUGAAUUGAAAACCAGCUUCACAAUUGAUUGGGAAGAGAGGUAUACUGUACAAAAUUGAAACAUUGUAGGCUUCUCUGUUUGAGAGGUUGGAUCAAUUAAUCCAUCUUUCCCUUCAGAAGAUGUUAUGGAAGUUGUGCAUCUUCUUUUCUUUGUUUGAUUUAUUUUAAGGAUGGAAAUUUUCAACA